GUGGGCAUGAGAUGGUGCGGGGAGAACAGGAGAUGAGUGAGAGGCUGGCUCAGUACCCCCAGUGGGAACCUGAGGUUGUGGAACCGGUCAGGCAGGGCGGCCAGGCCACCUUCCCUCACCUUCCCUCACCUUCCCUCUCCUUCCCCCGAAAGAUCAAAGGCUCUGUGGCACGUGGGUGGACCAGUUCAGCCACCAGAACCAGGGCAUUCUGAAAAGCAACCCUAUUCAUGGAUGUUGGCGAAAGCCCCAGACCGGUCUGGGCCAGGAGAAGCCGGCUCCUUUCUCUCCUGGCCGGAGGUGUAGAACCACGAAAUGAAAUGCGGGAGGCCCCUUCUGGGCGCCUCCAGUAGUGGGGUCUGGGGUACUCAGGAAACUUCGCGUUGCUGAAAGGGCCAAUUGAGGCGAUCAUGAUGUGCGUGUUCGGGGCAGGUGGACAACAAGCAGGCCUGCAUCUGGAUAGACUAUUACAGUCCCCCAUGCCAUCCAACGCCAUGCAGCAUUUCUUGGAUUUCUGAAAUGCCUUGGUCAGUGACAAGAAUCGCGCCUUGCUUUAUCUGGUUUAAUCCGGAUCCUGCAGAACCCAACCAGGAGUGGACAGCCAUGGGGAGGGGGAUGUCUUGGAGACACCCCAAUCCCCAAUCUCAGGGGCGAGCUGGACCAGCGCCCCCACCCCCCAGUUCCCUCUCUGUUCCAAUAGCUUUCCAAAUCCACUUGAGCAUAUCUGAAGAAAUCCUGGGGGGAAGCUAUAGACCCUCUCUAGGACACAGAAGUUGGGGGCCAGGUAUCCUGGAAUAAUCCUGGGUCCUUUGGUGCCCGUCUGGCAAAUGCAAAGUGUGCUGUGUCCCCCUUCCCAGCGAGGGGGUCUGGGAGCACUGUUCUUCGAAGGAGGUAGAUGCUUAUCUCAUCCCCUGGCCAUCGAUUAUGAGCUGGGUUGUGCCCCCCGUUCAUACAUUGAAGCCCUAACCUCCUCUGCCUGGGACUGUGGCUGUAUUUGGAGACUGCGCUUUUUAAAGAAGUCGUUCAAGUAAGACGAGUUCAUUAGGGUGGUCCCUAAUCCACAUCUGACUGGUGUCCUUAUGAAAAGAGGAGAUUAGGGCACAGACGUGCGCAGAGGAGAGACCAUGUGAAGACACAGGGGGAGGACAACCGUCUACAAGCCAAUGAGAGAGGCCUCAGAAGAGACCAUCGCUGCCAACACCUUGAUCUCGAACUUCCAGCCUCAGGACUGGGAGAAGACACGUUUCUGUUAUUUAACCCAGUCUGUGGUGCUUUGACCCACACACCACGUCUAGGAACACCUUAGUAAGUGAGCAGGGCCCCCCCGUCCCCCCAGGAGCCCCCGGGCAGGUGUGCAGGUGUCUGAAUGGAGCUUUAUGUGGAAGGAGACAAGGUUUUCCUGACUCUCCCGAUCGCCACUGAAAACCCACGUGUAGCCUGUCUCCUGGAGAUGGAAAGGAUGAAAACCUGUCCUGUGGCUGAAGUCCUUACAUUUUGGGUCCCUUUAAAACCUGAAAACAAAAAAUGGAGCCAGUCAGGCCACGUAAAGCAGCAUGGGCUUUUGCCCGCAGAGCUCAGGAAUCUCCGGUCUUUUCAGAGCGGGCCUGGUGGCAGGGCUGAGUCUGUGGGGGACUGACUCACACAGGAGUCGGAGUUCUGGGUCUGGGCAGGAGGAGGGGCAGGGCCGGCCACCCUGAGCCUGAGCAGUCGCUCGGCCUGUGUCACUGCCGCUGGCUGGUGUUCAAGCUCGAGCGGAGUAAUGACUGCGUGAGCUCCCCAGGGGGAGGAAACAGUUAAAACUCUGCAGCAGCUGCAGUCAUCUGGGCGUGGCUCCCUUGUAUGACUCGCAGCGGGAUCCUGGGCCAAGGGGCAGACAGACAGAUGGACAGACAGCGAGCCUUCCACAUGGCCGAGCUGGAUCUGAUGGCUCCAGGGCCACUGCCCGGGGUCCCCGCUCACCCGCUGACCACGCUCAGCCCAGACUCUGGGUCGGCCAGCCCGGGGGAAGGAGAGGACAUGGGCCCCCCGGGGACCCCCCCGGAGGGGACAGUCUCUGCGUGGCCGGGCAGGCCCGGGGUGGAGGCGGAGGAGGAGGUCCUGUGUGACUUCUGCCUCGGGGCCAGCAGGGUGAGGGCCGUGAAGUCCUGCCUGACCUGCAUGGUCAACUACUGCCCGGAGCACCUGCGGCCGCACCAGGAGAACAGCAGGCUGCAUGGCCACCAGCUGACCGAGCCCGUCAAGGACCAGGACCUGCGCGUCUGCCUGGCCCACCGCCGCCCACUGGUCGCCUUCUGCUGCCCUGAUGGGCAGUGCAUCUGCCAGGAGUGUGGCCAGGGCGAGCACCGGGGUCACGCUGCGGUCUCCUUGGACGCCGCCCGCAGGGACAAGGAGGUGGAACUUCGGGGCACCCAGUUAGACCUGGAGCGGAAGCUCCAGCUGAAUGAAAAUGCCAUCGCCAGGCUCCAAGCCAACCAUAAAUCCGUCUUGGUAUCGGUGUCCGAGGUGAAGGCCGUGGCUGAGGAGCAGUUUGGGGAGCUCCUUGCUGCUAUGAGGAAGGCCCAGGGCGACGUGAUGCUUUUCUUGGAGGAGAAGGAGCAAGCGGCUCUGGGCCAGGCCAACGGCAUCAAGACCCACCUGGAGCACAGGAGUGCGGAGAUGGAGAGGACCAGGCAGGAGCUGGAGCGGAUUUCUGCCAUCGGCAACACUGUGCUGUUCCUGGAGGAGUACUGCAAGUUCAAGAACGCGGAGGACUGCGCCUUCCCGAGUGUUUACAUUGGACUCAAGGACAAGCUCUCCGGCAUGCGCAAGGUCAUCAUGGACUCCACCGCGCACUUGAUCCAGCUGCUGCAGAGCUACAAGGAGAAGCUCCAGGAGAGCUCCAGGGAGGAGGAGUACGACAUCAGGACUCAGGUGUUGGCCGUCACUGAGCACAGACAUCGGACCUCGAAGCCAGAGCCCCGCACCAGACAGCAGUUCCUGCAGUAUGCCUGUGACGUCGCCUUCGACCCCGACACGGCGCACAGGUACCUCCGGCUGCAGGAGGACAACCGCAAGGUGACCAACACCACGCCCUGGGAGCACCCCUACCCGGACCUCCCCAGCAGGUUCUCGCACUGGCGGCAGGUGCUGUCCCAGCACAGCCUGUACCUGCACAGGUACUACUUCGAGCUGGAGCUCUCCGGGGCCGGCAUCUACGUGGGCCUCACCUACAAGGGCAUCGACCGCAAGGGCGAGGAGCGCAACAGCUGCAUUUCUGGAAACAACUUCUCCUGGAGCCUCCACUGGGACGGGAAGGAGUUCAGGGCCUGGCACAGCGACACGGAGACCCCACUCAAGGCCAGCCCUUUCCGGAGGCUGGGGGUCUACGUGGACUUCCUGGGAGGGGUCCUCUCCUUUUACGGCGUGGAGCCCGACGCCAUGACGCUGGUCCACAGGUUUGACUGUAAGUUUUCCGAGCCCGUCUACCCCGCCUUCUGGCUUUCCAAGAAGGAAAACGCCGUCCGGAUCGUGGAUCUGGGAGAGGAGCCCGGGAAGCCAGCGCCGGCCUCGCUGGAGGCUGCUCCCUCCGAUCAUCUCGGGACCAUGGAAAACCUGGAAUCGAGGCUCAGGAAUGCCCCCUAUUUUCGGUGUGAGAGGGGGAACGACUCUGUCCCCGUGUGCCAGAAGUGCGAGGCGUGCGUCCUGGCCUGGAAGGUCUUCUCCACCAAAGAGUGGUUCCGACGGGUGGGCGAGGUGUCCCGGAGGAGGUUUCUGGUCAGCGUCCUGGCGCAGCUGGAUAGCUCGUAUUUGUUGCACUAUUUCCAAAACAUCCUUCAGACCACGCAGGGGAAGGAUUUCGUCUACCACAGGUCCCGGGUCAACGUCAGCAAGAAGGAGGGGAGAGUCGUCAAGUCUUCCUUGAACCAGGUGCUGGACAAGACGAUGGAACAGGAGAUGAGGGAGAUCUUGCGCUGGUUUGGGAACAGCUCCCACCGGACGAAGGCCAGUUACACGCUCUUGCUGCUGCAGAUGUGCGACCCCAAGUUACUGCUGACUGCCGCCAACGUCAUCGGAGCCCUGUUUCUGAGAGAGCAGGACACCGCCUCAGGGUUCGGUCAUGACGCCAGCAAAGUGUUUUUCUUCCCUGAGAAAGGCUGCAGCCCCACCCCGCCGUGUGAGGCCUCACAAGUCUGCGGGGCAGGCAGAACCAGGGACACAGACUUCCCCUUGUCCACCAAAACCUCAGGAAAAGCAGGCUUGCAGGAGAUCAUGCCGGGGGGAGCAGCCGCUGCAGAAGGGCAGUGGAAGAGUUCACUCCAGUGCACUUCCAAGAUGAACAGACUGUUUUCUGGAAAAGCAAGGGUGUCCAAAGCAGGGUCGGCCCCCGACGACCUGCCUGUGGACCUCCAUGCUGUCCGGGAGCUGUCGUCCGGGGUCAGCCGGUACCGGGACUUCAUCCGUCACCUGCCUGUCCACCUCUCCAAGCGUAUCCUAAGCAUGCUGGAUAAGAACAGCUUGAACAGAUGUGCGUCUGUGAGCCGGCACUGGGCGGCGCUUGUGCAGCAGGUCAGGGCGGACCUGUCAACGCACAACUUCAUCCAGCACCAGAUCGCCUUCCUACAGGGGUCCUACACCAGGGGAAUAGACCCUCAUUACGCCAACAAGGUCUCCAUCCCGGUUCCUAAAGUGGUGGAUGAUGGGAAGCGCCUGAGAGUGAAAAAUCAGAAAUGGAAACUGAGAAUGAAGAGUGACUACAACCUGUGGACCGCAUACCAGAGCCAGGAAACUCAGCAGGUCCAGAUGGAGGAGAGGAAUGUCUUCUGUGGGACUUAUAAUAUCCGCAUUCUCUCUGACACGUGGGACCGAAACAGAAUCAUCCACUACUCUGGGGGAGACUUGCUAGCUGUGUCCUCCAACCGGAAGAUCCAGCUUCUGGACAUCAUACAAGUGAAGGAGGUCCCCAUCAGGCUCCGAGGCCACGCCGGGAGCGUCCGCGCCCUCUUCCUGUGUGAGGAGGACAACUUUCUUCUGAGCGGGAGUUAUGACCUGAGCAUCAGAUACUGGGAUCUGAAAAGUGGGGCUUGCAUUCGAAUCUUCAAUGGCCACCAGGGCACCAUCACGUGCAUGGAUGUGUAUAAGACCAAGCUUGUGUCUGGAGCAAAAGAUUGCCAGGUGAAAGAGUGGGAUGUCGAGACAGGGAGGUGCCUGAAGACCUUUAAACACAAAGACCCCAUUCUGGCCACCAGGAUCAAUGACACAUACAUUGUGAGCAGCUGUGAGAGAGGCGUGGUCAAGGUGUGGCACACCGUCACCGCCCAGCUGGUCAAGACUCUCAACGGCCAUGAGGGAGCCGUGAAGUGUCUAUUCUUUGACCAGUGGCAUCUCCUCUCGGGCAGCGCCGACGGCCUGGUCAUGGCCUGGAGCAUGGUGGGGAAGUAUGAGCGAUGCCUCAUGGCCUUCAAGCAUCCCAAGGAGGUGCUCCACGUGGCCCUUCUCUUCCUCCGGGUCAUCAGUGCCUGUGCAGACGGCAAGAUCCGCAUUUACAAUUUCCUAAAUGGGAGCUGCCUGAAGGUGAUGAAGGCCAAUGGCAGAGGUGAUCCUGUGCUGUCCUUCUUUAUUCAGGGCAACAGGAUGGUGAUCAACACGGAGAGCAAUGUUCUCAUGUUCCAGUUCGAGAAUAUAAAGUGGCAGUACCCCCUGGAACGGGCCAAACAGAAGACCAGGGACAAAGAGGAAGACAGGGAAGAAAACGACCUCACAGAAGUUCUCUCCAAGUCCAGCACUCAGAUCUACAGCCCCAGGGACUCUCUAUCCAGCAAACAAGUAGCCCAGGAGUCCCUGUUAAGCAAACCUCACAAGUCCCGCAUCUUUCUGAAGGCAUCCAGGUCACCUACAGCUUCCCCCCACCCUGAUCGUCAUUCAGCACCGUUAAUGGAAGCACCUCUGAGUCAAGGAAAGCCGAAGUCACCCCGAAGAGAUGGCAGGAAGAGAACGAGUCCCAGGGAUGCAAACGGCAGGGGUGGCCAGCGGGAGCAAGAGACUUGGGAAGCAAAACCCCUCCCCGGAGAAAAACCAGAUGAUGUGGAGAAAGUACCAAAAAAAGGACAAGUAAGAACUUCUGCAGAUUUGAUCACCCGCUCAAAGAAAAACUCCUGGCACGUCCCUAUGUCUUCUGACCAGUUGCUCCUGACAGUGAACGCCCUGCAGAAAGCCCAUAAUUCCAGGGAGUUUGCCUAUCCCUGUAGGCCCCAAGCCCAGGUCAUUGAUGCCUGGGGACCUUCAAUUUCAUACCCCAGGAAGGUCCUGAGUUUUAAGGGAAAAUCAGUCCAACGUGAAGUUGAUCGGCUGAGAUUCAGCAAUCCUCCCAUAGAUGUGAAACAAACCAGCAUUCCCCUCGAAAUCCAGAAGCUUCAGCCCAACCUGAAGAAUUCUCUGCACAGUCCCAGAGUCCAGUCCACCCUACCCCAGCCCGUGCUCAUCCGCCCCAGGCUCGCUGGCAGCGUACAGGGUGAAGACGGGGCGACCAGUUCAGUUGAUGGGACGGUGCGCAGCUUCAGUCCCUUAACUAGCAUGCAGGUCAUCAAACCAAACCAUAUGCUGGCCCUGCCGGUGGGCACGGCGGCCCAGGCUGCCGAGAAAGAUGGGCCUCACUUCUGCAAGGCCCUGGACCCCUUCCGAGUGAACACCCAGUUCAUGCUGUGGACUGUGAAGGAGCAGAAGGAGUAUGGGGAGGCCAUGGUGAAGGAGUAUCAGGCCAGAAAGCCCGCUGGAGUGGUCAACCCAGAAAAGGCCAGCAAAGCUGCCUGGAUCCGGAAGAUCAAAGGCCUGCCCAUAGACAAUUUCAUGAAGCAAGGAAAAACCGCAGCCCCUGAACUUGGACAAAACAUAUUUAUCUGAACCAGCCUUGGGAGGUUACAAUAUCUUACACUAAAUAGAAAACCAAGUGGAUUAUUGGUGUUUGGCCCCCUUUUUGGGUUUAUUUGUCAUUUCUCUCUCCCUCUCUUUUUUCUUUUUUGACUGUUCCCUAGCAAUUAAUGUGGGGGCUCAAUUAUUUUCCUACAAGCCAAAGAAUUGAUAUUUUCAAAGUAAUAAAAAAGAGGGAGGCUGAGUGAGAUCAGCAUCUGUAUUCCCACUGAAAACCACCCAGCGAGACACAGGGAGGCCCACUUUCACUGGUGGGGAUGGGGAAGUGGUUUUUGGAAAUUAAAUACCACUCAUCAUUA